AUUGGUAGUUCAUAACCUCAAAUUCGAACUAGAUCAAAAACAUAACAAACAAUCAAAUAAAAUAAAUUAAGUAUGCUAUAAAAUUUGUUUAAUGUAAAUGUUAAAGUGUAAUUGUGUAUAGUGCAAUAUGAUUUCACGUAAGCCGAUAUUUCAAAAGCCGAGCGAUGACAAUCUAUACCCAGUGAGGAACAAAAACGGAGAGAUAGAAACACUGGUUAAUCCAAACAUUGACUCAGCUUUAAGCAUAGACAACGAUUCCAAAACUAAUGUGGUGUACAAUCGUUACCAUCACUUACCGUUGGAGGCUCAACGACAAAAGUUACCAGUGUUCCAGUACAGAAAUCAUAUAUUGUAUUUGAUGGAGAGGUAUCAAACGUUGGUGUUGAUUGGAGAAACGGGAUGCGGCAAGUCUACACAAGUUCCACAGUAUCUCCACGAAGUCGGGCAUAAGGUGUGCGUCACACAGCCGCGCGUCACCGCAGCGGUAACGCUCGCGACGCGCGUCGCGGAGGAGCGCGGCGUGCGUUUGGGCGACGAGGUGGGGUACGCGGCGGCUAUGACCGCGCAGAGGACCGUGGAUACAGGGAUUGUGUUUAUGACAGAAGGUGUGUUGUUACGAGAAAUGUUCGCAUCGCCGCUGUUAAUGCAGUAUACGUGUAUUGUUUUGGACGAGGUGCACGAGCGAUCUCAAAUGACGGAUGUUUUGAUGGGACUCUUGAAGAAAAUAGCUAAAAAACGCAAGAACCUAAAAAUCGUAAUAUCAUCAGCGACAAUGGACGCGGAUUUCUUCCAGCGUUUCUUCAAUUUGCGAGAUGCGCACGGACAGACAGACACAUCUGCUGUAAUGUCAAUUCAGGGCAGGAGUUAUCCGAUCGAAGUGUUUUAUACUGAAGAACCGGUAGCGGAUUAUGUGAAAGCUGCAGUGGAAACAAUAAUAAAAAUACAUGAAAACAAACCGUUUGGAGAUGUUUUAGCGUUUCUGACGUCACAGGAAGAAAUCCUGUCAGCCCUAGAAACGUUACAAAUAUACGCCGAAGAGAAUAAUGAAAAGAAUAAAUACCGAAAAACGUUUCCUAGCGGCAUGCAAGCUGCGAAUCUAUUAAUAUUGCCUAUGUACGGCAGUUUGCCUUUACACAAACAAAUAAAAGUAUUCCAAAUGGCCGACAGGAAUGUGAGGAAAGUUAUUUUAGCUACUAAUAUAGCGGAAACGAGUGUCACCAUUCCGGGGGUUGUUUAUGUGGUGGACAGCGGCUACCACAAGCUGCCGAGCUACUGUCCCACACUGCGCGUGGAGUGCGUGUGUGUGUGUUGCGUGUGUGCGCGGGGCGCGCGGCAGCGGGCCGGCCGUGCCGGGCGGGACCGACCCGGCGAGUGCUACAGAUUAUACACGGAAGAGGAAUUCGAGAAAUUACCUCAAAGUGUUCCGCCAGAGAUUUGUAGGAGCGACUUGAGUUCUGUGCUUUUGCAGUUGAAAGCUUUGGGAAUACAUAAUUUAUUAAGGUUCACAUUCCCCACACCACCGCCGGCAAAAAGUCUAUUAUCCGCUUUAGAACAAUUAUACGCGUUGAAAGCAAUCGAUAAAACUGGCAAUUUGACGCAAGAAGGAAACAAAAUGGCGGAGUUGCCGCUCAAACCGAUGUACGGGAAAAUGCUGUGCGAGAGCGGCGAAUACGGGUGUGUCGAUGAAAUUCUAUCAAUAGUGUCUAUGCUACAAAUGGACAGUGUUUUCAUAAAACAGUACACCGGCAAAGCGUGUGCCGCCGCUAAAAUGUCCAGGAGGAAUAAUUUCGAGGUAGCAGAAGGCGAUAUAAUAAUGUAUUUAAAUAUAUUCGAUUCCUACAAUAAAGUGAAGAAUUCAUACAGCGACGAGAAAAUGUCGAAAAAAGCGUGCAAAGACUGGUGUCAAAGGAUGUAUAUUAAUUACAGAGUUAUGGAAAAGGCAUAUGAAAUACGGAGUAGUUUAGAAAAACUAGUAAAAGGCAAAUUUAAUAUUGAGAAUAAAGUUUUCGAAGGGCCGGACUUAGGUUCAGGAAAAUGCAUACGAAUAAUGAAAUGUGUUUUAACCGGUUUGUUCCCGCAAGCGGCUUGUCUAACUUCAACGGGAGAAUAUAAGAGUAUCUUUGGAGCCAAACUGUAUAUAAGUGAAAAUAGCUGUUUAUAUAGAGUACAACAACCUACGUGGGUGGUGUUCGCGAGUGUACAAAGUGUUGGAGAUAAAAUUAACAUGAGAGAUUUGAUGGUGAUACAAAAAGAAUGGCUGUUAGAAAUUGCUCCGCAUUAUUAUACUGAAGUUUAAUAAAUUAUUUCAAUAUA